CGUCAUCCAGAAAGCCACGGAAUACGUCAGGACAGAAAGGAAAGAAAUGGCGGAAAUGACCAGCCAACUGGACAAGGGUGUGGACGACAUAGUUCAACUGACCAUCGGACAGUCCAUCACAGCCAUUUGUAGUGGACAAAUAUCCCCAACUGACCACAAGAUGGCCGAAAUGAUGGGCAAAUUGGAUAAGGACGUGGACGAUAUUGUAUUUAAAACCAUUAACCAGUCAAUCACGACCAUUCGUAGUGGUCAAACAUCGUCAACUGACCACAAGAUGGCAGAAAUGACAGGCCAAUUGGAUAAGGAUGUGGACGAUAUUGUAGGUAGAACCAUUUGGAGGUCGAUCACAGCCAUCCGUAGUGGUCAAACAUCCCCGACUGACCAAAAGAUGGCGGAAAUGAGUGGUCAACUGGAUAAGGAUGUGGAUGAUAUUGUGCAGGUGACCAUUGGGCGAUCCAUCGCGGCCAUUCGUGAAGGGGAGAUGUCCCCAACUGACCACAAGCUGGUAUGCAGUGAGAUACUGGAAAAGACAAGAGAGUCUGGAACCGGAAAGACGCAGGAUUACAAAAGGCGAAAACCUACCCAGCUGACAGAGGUAUAUCAGACGAUCACAAAACCGGGGUUCCGACGAUCGUCACUCGGAAUAAAGCGGCAGACAAAGUGAAGAAAACAUUUUUCGAACGUCAUCUGGACAGACUUCUCGGGAGGGAAAAGAAAAAUGAAAAGAAGAUGAAAACAGCAGAACUUCGUAACAGCACCCCCAGUGGAGGAAGUAGAAAAUGUCCAUCAAAGGCCCAUAACAAAAGGGAUUGGAUCCUUAAAAACAUCCUGUGCUGUUUUGUCCGCCAGACGGCGACAGUGGAGCCCAUUGAUGACUAAAUAGAUGAUGUGUGUGACGACAAGGAAGUUAACUUAGGAACUAACAUAUAUUAACCUGUCUGUAUUCGCAAAACGUCAAAUAGGACUGCUACAUCCGGGAAAACAGUGUACCAAGCGAACAGCAAAACGUCACAAAGUUCAUAUCAGAGAAGCUACGAGAAAACAUUGCUUUAAGAAAGAGACCAUAUUCUAUUGAGAUAGAAUAAGGAUAGCGUAUAUUUCAUAAAAAAA